AUGAUGAGGUAUCAAUGGUGGCUUUAUUUAGUAUAUGCCAUCGGCCUAAUGCUAUGCCUAGGCCCGUCGUAUAUUCAUCCAGAUGAACAUUUCCAAUGCAUCGAGAUUUUGGCUAUGCAGUUCAUGAAGGUCAAAGGUACCAUCCCAUGGGAAUUUAAAUCAAAAUUUGCUGCUAGGAGUUACGGCCCCCUAUUAUUGGUUUACGGGCCUUUGUUCACUAUUUUAGAAUCUUUUCCCGAAAUUCAGGACAACCCAGCGUUAAUUCUGUAUUCGAUGAGACUACAAAACUAUGUGAUGUACCUAUUGUGCUAUCAUUUUUUAAUACCUAAAUUAAUAAGGGAUGAGAGAAAGGCCGUACAAUUCAUCAAAAAAAGUCUACUUUUAACUUCUUACGUAACCUGGACGUACCAAACACACACGUUUUCCAAUUCCAUAGAAACGCUGGCUUUAAUCUCAACUUUAACUGUAAUGGAAGAUAUGGUAAACGAAAAAAAUAUUCAAAGAAGUAAUUUCAAAAAUUCGGUUAUAUUGGGACUUAUAUUUAGUUUUGGUGUUUUUAAUAGAGUUACUUUUCCUGCAUUUAUUUUCUUACCAUGUUUGAUAUUAUUCUGGAAGUUUUACCGGGUCCAUUGGAAAUCCUUUUCUUUACUUUUACUUUCAUUUUCAUUUUCCUCGUGUCUAUUUGUUCUUAUUGAUACAAAUAUUUAUAACAACGGAAAGGGAUUUGUCAUUACGCCCUUGAAUAACCUGAAAUACAACCUCAAUGUCCAAAAUUUGCAAGUACAUGGAUUACAUCCAAGAUACACCCAUCUGCUGGUCAAUUUACCUCAAAUAGUUGGCCCAGUAUUGCUGCUAGCGAUUUUUUCCGGUUACAAACUCGAUAAAUUAUCUACUUACGCAAUCAUAUCUGGCCUGCUUUUUCUUUCAUUCUUUCAACAUCAAGAAUUAAGAUUCCUUGUACCGCUAGUGCCACUACUCGUGACAAACUUAAACUGGACACCUCUGAGUUCCACGUUAGUAAACAAGAAAAUUUUCAAGGGAACUUGGCUUCUUUUUAACAUAAUCAUGGCGUUCAUCAUGGGAAUUUCACAUCAAGCAGGAAUUAUCCAAUUUUUGGGAGAUUACUUCCACUUUCGUACCGAACAAAUGGGCGUUCACAUAUGGUGGAAAACAUACUCACCACCCACCUGGAUGUAUAUGAGCAAUAACCUAACCGUUUCUUCUCUUAUCAAUACACAGGAUGGUAUUGAGUCGAUAGAUGAAGUGGCAUUCAGUGUAGGUAACCAUCAUGUAAUAGACCUUAAAGGCUGUGAUUUACCACUUUUAACAGAAACAAUUAGGCGGCUGCGUUUAAACGGGUCCAUAACUCCACUAACUUUAGUAACUCCCAAUUCCAUGACAUCAGAAUUGAAAAAGUUGAAGAGAGAUGGCACUAUUAACUUAAUACCCAAAAGAAAUUACUUGUUCCAUUUGGAUUUGGAUCAUCUUGAUUUCAAUGAUUUCACGACUUUUAAGCCAGGGCUAACAGUGUACUCCAUCGAACUACUAUAA